AUGGAGGUAUUGUCGACCCUGCGCCCGAAGGAGUCGCGGUCUCUGGUCAUCGCGGUAGAGCCCAAUCCCUCGACCUUCCAACAACUCAGCGACGUCAGCGCCUCCGGCUGCGACUUCUGCAGCCUGAACCUGGCGCUUUCAUCUGAGUCGGGUGAUGCGGCCUUUGUGGCUGCUGACCGGAUGUCGCACUUGCGCAGACCCCAGGAAGCGGCGCCGCAUUUCCAGGUGGAGCAGCGCACCCUGGACGGCCUCCGCUCGUCAGGCACCUGCGGCUGGCGGCCUUCCGACCAGGUCUUCAUCCUCAAAAUCGACAGCGAGGGGCACGAUGGCCACGUUCUGCUGGGAGCCCGUGAGACCCUCAUGGCGAAGAAGGUGAAGUUCUUGCUGUUUGAGCACACCAACGGACAGGCGGCGAUUGACUUGAGCCGCACGCUUGACUUCUUGUGGACAUUUGGUUAUGCAUGCUUCAUGAUCCAAGAUCGGUUUCUGGUUCCAGUUAGUCAUGGCUGGUUUCAUCCAAUGUAUAGAGACCGCUCCAGUGGCGGCUUUCUUGUGAAUGCGGACUUUUUUUGUGCUGACGUCCACGACCCAGACUUAUCUAUAGUCAUAGAGGGCUUCGUCACGCAUAGCAGCAUGCUGCGUGCCAAAGAGAUUGCGCUGACAGCACUUGCACAGUGGCAGAAGCAAGUCGUUCCGCAGAAGUCCGUUUGGGAAGUUUAUGACAUUGCGGCACUUUCUCAAAGCAACUUGAGCAAGUCGAUCCUGGAGUUUUACCUGGGCGACUUACUGCGAGUGGGGUACGGAGCAAAGCCGACCGCACAGGAGAUGCAACAGUCGUUGGAGUUCUUCAUGCGCUCAGUAGAGUCCGCGGCCAACGAGACGAAAGCAAUGGUCGCUUCGGUCUCCGCUUACGAGGUCGCAUGCUGCUACUACUUUGGGGACUGUGCGACUCGCGACAGGCAUCAGGCCCUCCACUGGUACAGGACCGCCUUGCGCUGGUCGAACAACAUUUAUGCAGCUGUGCUGGAGAAGCUGAUUCAGUUGGAGAUUUCCGAGGAACAAAAGAGGGAUCCAGCGCUUGGGAUUCAUGCAUUCAAUGAUAUUCCGAAUGCCUGCUCCAUUGAUCAGGUGCUGACUGGUAAUAGAGAUGCGUGGGCCAGCGAGCUGUUGAGAGUUUGUACUCAACAAACAUACAGCCGUGUUGAGGACUCACGGAUGCUUGCUCAUAUUCGAGCAUGUUUCCUGCCAGCUGUUUCGCAUCUUCAAAAGCUGACACCAAACAACAAACUUCAGGCAUGUUGA